AUGGCUACAAGCAACCAAACAGAACACCUACCACCGCCGCAGGAAUCAACAGAAGACACAGUCAUACGAGAUCUACCGCCUCAAGAAGGAAGUUCAGACGGCGAGGGGGGCGAACGCACCGCGCGGGAGAAACUGAAGAAAACAUCCAUUGCAGGACUCUCGCAGUAUUCCAAGGUAAAGCCUGGAGUCGCUGGAGAUCACCCUGUGGACGAUACUGGGACGGUCGAAUCAUUGCCCGAGUCACAAAGCGAAAACGGACAAGUUCGAGGCCGUCCUUCGAAGAAACGGUCGUUCGAAGACCUGCAAACCGAAGAGUCUGGUCCCGGUGUCGAAAAUGGAGGAGCCCCUCUCCCAAAGAAGGGAAGCCAACACAAGAGGAUGAGAUCCCGAGAGAUUUCGGGGAACGACGAGGAGAUACAGACUUUUGAGAAGUACGAGGACAUGGCGAGCCCGGUCCAGGAAGAGAGUGAUGCAGAGGCACAACAGUCUCCAGGCGGGCCUGGGAUUCUAGUGUUGGCGCCCUCGAAGGAGGAGAUGGAAACAGCUGCUGUCGCGCAGGAUGCCUGUGGAUCAACUGCAGAGGAUAAAUCAUCUAGUGUUGCUGCUAGCUCGGAGAAGCAAUCAGCGGCAGCAGAGACCCAAGUCAAAGCCCUGCCAUCAACCAAAGAAGAAGCCAAGCCACAGGUCACGGCAUCAUCAGGCUUCGCCAACACAUCAACCACCUCGCCGUUCAGUAGCUUCAAAUCCCCCAAGUCCCCCAAAUCCCCGGAGAAAGCGUCGGCCUCAAUUUUGUCUCCCGGGAGCGGGACGUCAAGUUCGGCCUUUGCUUCUUCUGGAUUGUCAGCGUUUGCUGCGUCCGAAAAGUCACCCUUCGGAGCGGUAGGUGCGACGGCCAAAGCUGGUGGCGGAUUUGGUGGGGGUGGAGGAACGAGCGGGUUCGCAUCGUCCUCUGGCGGAUUCGGAGGUGCGUCACCGUUUGCGAGUAAACCCACGUCCGGCUUUGGGUCUGGAGGGGGCUUCGGGUCUGCGGCUGGAUUCGGAGGAGGGAGCGGGUUUGGAAGUGCUGCAAAGCCACUUGGUGCGGGCCUCUCCCCGUUUGGUGCUUCGGCGGGAGCGUCAGGCACGUUUGGCAAGCCGAAGCCCUUUGGGGCGAAGACGAAUGAAGACGAGGAAGAUAGCGAAGACGGAGGCGAAAACGACGAAACACAAGCGGCAGGCGAAGAAGCCGAGCAAGACCCUAGGUUCCGCGAGCAAGAGCUCAAUACAGGAGAAGAAGACGAGGAGACGGUCUUCAGCUGUCGAGCGAAGCUAUAUCACUUUGAAAGGGAGUGGAAAGAGAGCGGAAUAGGGGACUUCAAGAUCAACAUGCGAUAUGAAGCGAGAUCAACCGUGCAAACACCUGCCACCGAUGGCAAAAACGGAGGAGAGAAGGCACCCAAAGAAGACGAUUCUGCGGAAACAAACGAAGAAGAUAUCGAAGCUGCUCUUGAAGGCGGCGAACGCGAGUCGUCUGUGACUCUGGAACGCAGGGGUCGACUCAUCAUGCGCGCGAUGGGUACACAUCGUCUACUGCUCAACACGCCGGUGUUCAAAGAGAUGAAUGUGGGCACACACGACGGCAAAGAACCGAGUGGAAAGACCAUGCACCUCACUGGUUUGGAGGGAGGAAAGCCGACGGGUUUCCAGAUAAAGGUUGGUAAAGAAGAGGUCUUGAAGGAAAUAUACUACAAGAUCAGAGAACUGCAGGAAGCACUGUAA